AUGGACUAUACAUUACGCUUGUCAAACACAAAUCAUACAAGUCAUUCACCAGUUAGAGGUCAUUUUGGAGGUUUCGUUUUGCCGAUUCAUUCUUCUACAAAUAACACAAAUAACUCCAAUAUCAAUAACAAUGUUAAUCUUAGCAAUAAUCCUAGCAAUAUGAUGGGAGGAAGAAAAAGGAUUAGAAGUGAUAGUAUGAGUAGGGUUGACCAAGCUCAGAAAGUUAUACGAUUAUUAUCACGUAAUUCUUUAUCUUCAAAUAAGACAAACAAUAAUUGUUUGACCGAGAGUUAUCAAGAUCGAAUGAACUUAGUUGAUAAUAAUGAUGAUGACAAAUUUAAAUUAAUCUCAUCAUUAUCACUUGCUUCUUCUUCUUCUCUAAUGGAUUGUGACAAGCAACAAAAUAGUUUGAAUGAAGAGUUAGGCGAGGAAAAUAUGGUAAAUUAUUUGAUUAAGAAUAAAUUAUGA